GUCGGUUAUUCGGGUAUAUCUUAAAAAAAAGUAUUUUUUUUAUACCUCUUGAGUUUGGAAUCCCUAACCCAACUGUAGAAGAAGCAGAAGCAAGUUGUUCAACUCGACGGGGUUAUUGAGCAUGGCGGUUUCGACUAUAGCCUUAUACGGAAGCCCUCCAAGCAGUGUUUGUUCGACGCCGCACUCCUGCCAGAUCAAUGGGCAUGCGACCUACGACUUAGAAUUGGGGUCUCGAUCUUCUUCGACGUCUUCGAAUACGGCAUCCACGCCGCAGAAGUCAGUAAUGGGUGGCCUUUCGUGCAUGUUUUCUUCGCCGGCGGUGAAGCAUGCUCCGUUAUCGAGCUUAUCCGGGGCAGGGGAAGAACUGGGCACUUUGAGGCACGACAGAGUUGAAGAGUUAAAAGAAUUGAGCUGCUCCUUUUCAUAUUCUCCGAGUAAGUUUGCUGGGUCUUCUUGGAAAAGGGAUCCGAGUCCAGUUUCGGUUCUCCAAGGACCAAUUUCGUGCAGCAGUAGUGCUGUCAGUGGGAAUAUGAGUUAUCAGAGCUCAAUUCGAGGUGGGACAUGUAAAAUAUUCGAUGGAUUUGUGAGAAAUGCAUCACGGUCCUGCUUAGAUUAUGAUUCGCCUAGUCUCGAGGUUUCUCGUGGUGGCUUAGAUUUGGUUUCAUCUACGUUAGAGGAUGAACUGACCUUCAAUUUCGAAGAUGUAUUUGUUGGGGGUAGUUCUGAGCCAUACGCUAGAGAAUUGCUGCGAGGUGCGCAAUUGAGGCACAAAAUCUUUUGUGAAGACGUCGUUAUUAGGGCUUUUUACGAGGCCGAGCAAGCCCACAGAGGGCAGAUACGAGCUUCUGGUGAUCCAUAUUUGCAGCAUUGUGUGGAAACAGCAGUGCUUCUUGCUUUGAUUGGUGCUAAUUCCACAGUAGUUGCUGCAGGGCUUUUGCACGACACCAUUGAUGAUUCCUUUAUGACGUACGAUUAUUUAUUGAGGAUGUUUGGUUCUGGAGUUGCCGAUUUAGUUGAAGGGGUUUCUAAGCUGAGUCACUUAAGCAAGCUUGCAAGGGAUAAUAAUACUGCUAGUAAAUCAGCUGAGGCAGACCGCCUGCAUACUAUGUUCCUUGCCAUGGCAGAUGCAAGAGCUGUCCUUAUUAAAUUGGCAGAUCGGUUACAUAAUAUGAUGACACUAGACGCACUGCCUUUAACCAAGCAACAAAGGUUUGCAAAGGAGACCUUGGAGAUUUUUGCACCUCUGGCAAAUCGCUUGGGAAUAUCUACUUGGAAGGAACAAUUAGAGAAUUGGUGUUUUAAGCAUCUUAACCCAGACCAGUACAAGGAGCUAUCAUUGAAACUUGUGGAGCCAAUUGAUGAUGUCAUGAUUACUUCUGCCAUAGUGAAAUUAGAAGAAGCAUUGAAAGAUGAAGGCAUUUCUUAUCAUGUCCUAUCUGGGCGCCAUAAGAGCUUGUACAGCACUUAUUGCAAAAUGUUGAAAAAGAAGCUAACUAUGGAUAAAAUCCAUGAUAUUUAUGGGCUGCGCUUGAUUGUUGACAAGGAGGAAGACUGUUACAGAGCCUUAAGAGUUGUUCACCGUUUGUGGUCUGAGGUGCCUGGAAAGCUGAAAGAUUACAUAAGUCACCCCAAGUUCAAUGGGUAUCAAUCUCUGCAUACCGUAGUGAUGGGUGAUGUCAAAGUUCCGAUUGAAGUGCAAAUUAGGACGAGAGAGAUGCAUUUGCAAGCAGAAUUUGGAUUCGCUUCUCAUUGGAGAUACAAGGAAGGUGAACGGCAGCAUUCUUCAUUUGUACUUCAGAUGGUUGAGUGGGCUCGAUAUAUUGUAACUUGGCAUUGUGAGACAAUGAGUAAAGAUUCUUCAUCUGCUGGACAUGCUGAUUCAAUCAAGCCAGCGUGCAAAUUUCCUUUUCAUGCUGAUGAUUGUCCGUAUUGCUACAAACCUCAUUCUGGUCAGGAUGGUCCUGUUUUUGUAAUAAUGAUCGAGAAUGAUAAGAUGUCUGUCCAGGAGUUACCUGCGAACUCGACAGUAAUGGAUUUGCUGGAAAUAGCUGGGCGAGGAAGCUCUAGAUGGGCCCCACAAAGACUUUCACUGAAGGAUGAAUUGAGGCUGAGGCUGAACCAAGAGCCUGUAAAUGAUCCAACAUGCAAGCUGAAGAUGGGAGACGUGGUGGAGCUUUCUCCAGCCAUACCUGAUGAGUCGCUAACGGAGUAUCGGGAAGAAAUCCAGCGUAUGUAUGACAGAGGGUUAACUAUAUCAAGCUUAGUGCCUGCUGCUGCUAGUGGCAUGGUUGGCUCUAGAAGCUGACCUAGUGUUUGCAUGUAUGCCAGUUUAUCAUGUGAUGAUAAUUGUUGUAUUAUAUGAAUGUGGCUGUAAAUGUUUUUCACUAGGGACUUGCUACUAACUUGAUCCAAUUAUGUUCUGGAUGAUUGAUAGUGUAUCUGAAAUUUGUUACCCUCCAUUUAGCUUUAA